AAUGCCUAGAUUGCCUGGGAACCUUCAGGAACUAGCAUCCUUAUUUGAUAAUGGGCAUCUUCAAAGAUUCAAUUGUUGUGACAUUACGAUAUUUAGGAGCUGUAUUCGUGACCUUGAUGGUAAAACUAGCCUGAUAUUUGCAUGUCCAGUUUUGUCACAAAGUUUUUGUGGUACUGGAAUUGAGGAGCUUCAUGUAGACGCUACUUUUAAAGUGGUUCCAGUAAACAUGGGCUAUCAAUUAUUGAGCGUACAUGCUAUGAUACAAAAUUAUUCAAUACCAAUUAUAUUCGCACUAAUGGAAUCAAAGUCUAGGAAUUCAUAUGACAGUGUAUUUCGAUAUGUUAAAGAUAAUCUUUUAGCAAACAUUUCUCCAAGGAUUAUCAUAAGUGAUUAUGAAUCUACACUUAGAGAUGUUCUACAAUCAUAUUUCCCUGAAGCUCGAACAUCUGGUUGUUGGUUCCACCAUAAUCAAGCAGUUUUUAAAAAUAUGAAAAGUAAAGGAUACUAUAGGCUUGUAAAUACUAAUCAAUUUGCACUGCAAAGCUUAAACCUUUUAUUUGGCCUUCCACUGCUUCCAUAUCAGGAUAUAGAAAGAGCAUUUCAAUUAAUUAAAAUGUAUGCAAUCAACCAUGGAGUAGCGAUGCAUAAUUUAUUUGACUAUUAUGAGAGGAACUUCAUAAAUUAAUGAAUUAAACAGAUUGCCUGUUUAAACUAUUUGAAAAAAUAUCCAUCGAGCUCUCAUAAUAUGGUAUGUAAUAUGGUAAUUUGUUAAUGUAUCUGCAUCUUAUUUUUAAGCUCCAAAUUAUAUAGUUCUGAAGCGUACUGAAUGGUCCACAAUGUUCGAAAGUUUACUUUCUUAAAAACAAAUUACGCGUUCAUCCUGGAGUGAUCAUACGACAUACGUUUUAAUUAUUAUUUAAUUCAACUCUGUGAAGGUACUAAAUGUUUUAAAAAAAGUUGUUUUUUUAAAUAUCCAAUGAUUAUAAAAAUUCGUCAAGUAUUUAACAGCUUUACUGUAAUGGAUGUGUUAAA